UUCAUGGUGUACGUCUUGCCAGCACCACCUCGGGCGCCGCUGUGGCCUGCGUGCGAUGGUCUUUGCUAGUUCGGGGCGUCGUAAAUGGACGAAAAGAAAGGUCUUCUGUCCCGGUGUAGUGUCGUUAUCGGUGGCUGGGUUUAUUUGGAUGUACGUGCUUCGUGGAGUUGGACACGAACCACUAGCCUACAUUACCCACGCCACAACUAUACUACCCGUGAGACAUGAAGACAUCGAGAAAGUGGCAGAGUUGAGGCCGGCGACGAAAAGACGUAAUCAUGUCACAGGCACUGGCCACGUUAACGUUGUCUCAAAACAAUCAGUUAUUCAAUCAAACGAGACAUUGACACUCACGUUGCUAAAAGAAGAUCCCUGGAGCUAUAUCUCCGUUCAGCGGAACAAGACGCUCCAAUUCCAUUGCGACGCAUGCGCAAUCGUAAGUCCAUCUGGUCAACUAUUGGGCAAGGCAGCCGGGAAGGAAAUCGACUCGUUCCCCUGUGUGAUAAGAAUGAAUGAUCACCCAAUAGGCGACUUCGCAAAGGAUGUCGGUAAAAAAACUACGAUCAGAAUCAUUUCGUACGUAACAACGAGGUUGCAGUUGAUACGAUUUAAAUAUGGCGGACUUCUCAAAGGCCACACAAAGCCGAAGAUGGUCUUAAUUUGGGGACCGUAUAUAACGAGGGUCUCAAGAAUCGCCAAAGAACUACAAGACUCGAAUCGCGGAGUACAGUUUUAUAUUGUAAAUGCAAGUCAAUAUCACUUCGCGGAGCAAGUCUUUAAGUCGGAAACUGGACACAACAGAUUUGAAACACACACGUGGUUAUCGACAGGCUGGUACACCAUGAUAUUUGCGCUGAAGGCGUGUGAUAGCAUAACAGUGUAUGGUUUGACGGACCACGAAUACUGCGCGAGACUGCACGAUGAAUCGGACCACUUAUACCACUAUUUCACUAAGCACGGUCAAAAAGAAUGCCAACUGUUCAAUAAAAGUGAAAAGAUACAUGAAAGUCACCGUUAUUUGACGGAGAAAUACGUGUAUUCAAGAUGGAGAAACAAUUACAAUCUGUCGUUCCGAUAUCCUUCGUGGAGCGAAGUUUGAGCCAAUGAAGAGAGAAAGUCGGUACGGAACGAACCACAUGCAGUUAUCCGACGAGCUGACCAAUUGCGGUGGGAUAAUAGCGUAGACGAAAACGAAUAUUGGGUUAAGAAUAUCCAUUGUCUUUUCACUCACGUUAUUCCAACUGUUGCAUAUGGAUAGAUUUAUGAUAAGGAUUCGUUCGUUUAUCAUUGUGCUUUUAAAAUUGUACUAUUCAUGCUUGCCAAUAAACGAUGUCGUCUAUACAACCUA